AGCUGCGAGUCUGACUACAUUUGGAGCGACUCACCGCGGGGAAGGAUCAGUGGGGAGGGACAAGGCUUACGGCGUCCAUUCGAUGAGAAACAUCUCACUUCCAGAGGCACUGAUGUUCUCCGACACCUGAUAACCGAUGAGCAAAGCAAAGAAAGUCCUCAGGUCGGAUGGAAUCUGAAUGCUGCAAAAAUUCAAGCUCAAGCUGAAAAGCAGAGGACAAAUUUCCCGUAUACUUUUCCUUCCCCCAUGCUCUGCAGUUAGUUGAGUAACAGAUAAACACCAGAAAAAAUCAGAGGGACAUGGAUGCCUCAGAGAAGCUGGUUCUGGAGCCCAGAGCAGAGCGGAUUGCCCGCUACAAGGCCGAGAGGAGGCGAGAGCUGGCCGAACGCUACGGAGACUUAGAGGAGCUUCCCUCCAAGUGGGUGAGACGGGAUGGAAAGGAGCUGAUCAACCCAGUGACCUCAGCAAGUGGUGGGGAGUUAAACUCAGACAGCCUUGGUGAAAGAGUGAACGGCAGAACGCGAGAUGUUUCAAAUGGAGUCAAGGCUGACGCUCCUGGAGAGCCAAACUACCUGAGAAGCCAGAAUUGCCAAGAUUCUGCCAGCGUCCCAAGUGAGGAAGGGCUCCUUGUCCAUUCAGGUCCCGAUGCCCUGCAGCUCCACACUCGGGUGUCGGUGGGCCAGUUGAGGAGUUCCCUCCUCCAGCAGACAGAGGGCAGAGCAGGACAGGAGAAACUUGGUCCCGAUCCUGGCCACACCACAUCCUCUCUGGACCUGGCGGCUGGUUCUGAGGGAGGCCGACGGCGGAGCAGGCGCUACCUUCAAGGGUCAGGAGGGGGUCGCAAAACCAGCGAGCGCUUCAGGACCCAGCCAAUCACAGCCAACGAGAUGGAGGAGAGCACCGGGCUCUUGGAUGCAGAUGAAAAUGACAAGAAAGCGGAUGUGAAAACAGACGAGAGAGCCAAAAUGAGCGUGGCUGCCAAGAUGUCUCUGUUUAAAGAACUGGAAAAAUCAGCUGCCUCCGAUUCCUCAGCUCUGUUGAAGCCUCGCUCAGCCAGCAGCUUACAUGAGCGGAGGAUGCGGCGUAACAACAACCUCCGCUUUCUCACUCAGCAAAUCACCUGUGAGGAAAUGGUUUCAAUGAGUGCUCCUCCUGCAGCGGAGGUCCAGUCUGGACAGUCUGAGUCAGUGGAGGACGGAGAUGAGGGCUGCAGAAUGAGCAUGAGGGAGAAGCUGGCCCUCUUCAACAGGCUGUCCGUAUCUGGAAAGAAUGGCUCCGGUUCUGCUGACGGGCCACCAGAGAGGCGAAAACAGAAAGGGGCCCGGUACCGCACCCAGCCCAUCACCGUGGAUGAAGUCAGUCUGCUUCAGAAAGGCCCCAUUCAGCUUCCAGCCUUCAGUUUGUCCCCAAAUCUGUACGACAGACAGCAGGCCUCGUCUGUUAACCUGAAACCCAGCGAGGUGCGCCUCACACAACCGAAAUCCGAACUUUCAGAACCAGAAUCAACACAGCGGGGCUUACAGGAUCACAACUCCGAGCCGUGCUUGAAGGGAAUCCUGAAGAAGAGCCGCUCUGACGACUCGGAGCGGAGCGGGACAGAUGGGCAGGAACUGCCGCUGCUCAAUCAGCAGAAUGGUGAAGACUGCACAGAUCCAGAGAUGUUUGGAAGGUUGGAAAGAUCUGAGAGGCUGGAACCACACAGAGACGAAUCAGUCAAAGUAGCUCCAUGGAGACAGAGAGCUCGAAACAGGAGGGAGACGCCGACACAACUCUCAUCUGAUCUGGAUUCACAGAUCAUUUCCUCUGUGGGAAACGGCUCUGAUGCUGGAACACAAGGUGAAGAGCAGAGUUUGGGGAAGCUUGAGGAAGAAGACAAACCCGAGCAAAAAGCUUUGGUUUCCGUCAGAGUUUGUUCGCCAAAACUACAAGAAACAGCAGAGUCACUGAGAGGAAAAGAGAAGUCAGAAAGCCCUGUUCUUGAGACACCUCAGUGCUGGGAACCUGUCUUUGCAUCUGUCUUUGCUAUCAAUACACCCCAAUAUAUCAUGUGUUUUAAUCAGACUGACAUGUGCUUUGAGGCCCAGGAAGUCUCCACUCCCACAAAGUGCCCGAUUCAACCGCAAUGGAGACAGAAGAGUAAAGAAGCUGAGCCUGAGCUUCAGAUGGAAGAAGAAGCUGAAGAGAGGAAAACAGAGCAGCAAAGCAACAAGCAGGAAACUGAGAUAAACAUCGAGAGACGAUCUCCUGCUGAAACAGACAGUUGUGAUAUUUCCUAUAAGAACAUGGACUCCAGCGAUGCUUCAACAGAGACUGUCCUGCACAUCGACCCUCCUCAUGAAGAGACACCUGCUGAUAGUCUGAAGAUAUCAGACGGAGGUUUCUGUGGCAGCCUGCCGCCUCCUCCAUCUGGCGGCCCCACACAUUGCGGCGAUGUUGCAGCUACAGAGAUGGAUCAGGACCUCGCUAUCCUCUGCCAAAGCAGCACGCCCAUACUCAGCUCAGCGGUCGCAGAGCACAGACGGGCGGUUCGUCCGUCCCGUCGGACUCAGGGCUCCAGAAACCCGCUGAGGGCUCUGGCGGCCAGAGACGACAUCAGGCAGGACUACAUGGGGGAAAGGGACGACAAUGCUGCAGAGGAGAGGGGCCAAGCAGAAAAAAAUUGUAAAAACUCUUCCUCACCAGAUUCACAUCCUGUCACAUCCUCAGAGAAGGAGAUAAGCAAGUCUUUUCCUCCAUUCAGCAACCUGAUGCUUAUUCACAUCAAAGGGAGGUGGCAGGUCCAGGUACGUGUGGUCGAACCCUCGGUCCGAUCGCUGAACAGCGGAGACUGCUUCCUGCUCGUCGAUCCCGAUCAUUGCAUCCUGUGGAGCGGAGAGUUUGCCAACAAGGAGGAGAGAGCCAAGGCUCUUGAACUGGCCGCCUUCAUCCAGAGCCGAAGGGAGCUCGGCUGUCGCGCCUCCCAGGUCGUCCACCUGGACGAAGGGCUGAACUCUGACGGCCCUGAAGCUGCAGACUUUUGGAGUCUUCUUGGAGAAAGAAAACAUUACAGAGGUGCUGGUGCUCCAGAUGAGGAUGAGCUGUUUGAACAAGGCGUAGUGGAGUCCAACUGUGUGUACAGCCUAAUGGAGGACAGAUUGGUGCCUCAUGAACAGGCCUGGGCCUCCAUCCCCAGCACCGCCCUGCUGGACUCCUCUGAGGUCCUGGUGUUCGAUUUUGGCAGCGAGGUGUAUCUGUGGCAUGGACGCGAUGUUUCACCCAGCAGGAAGAACGUUGCUCUCCAGCUGACUCACCAGGUGUGGGUUGGAGAGUACGACUACAGCAACUGUCGAGUCAACCCACUGGAUCCCACUCAGUGUAACCCCAGCAUUCAGCCGAGGGGAGAGGGCCGUCCCAGCUGGGCCCUGCUCGCCGUGGUUACCGAGGACAACGAGACGGCGCUGUUCCGGGAGAAGUUCCUGAGCCCGAUGUGUGGAAGCGACGACACGGUGGAGGUCGCUUCAGAGGGGAAUGCAAUGCAGUCCCUCCCUGUUGAACCACCAUCAUCAGAUGUCCUGACUCCCUGCGAUAUUAAAGCUCUGGCGUCCGGUGGACUGCUGGAAGGAGACGCCUCAGUCCGGACUGUUCUCUCCGGGGUUGAUGUUCAUCGGGGCCAGGGUGUCAUCACCCUGGAGGAAGGCCAUCAGAUGGAGCUGAGGACCGUUUCAGUGGAUACCUGGCACGUCCAGGAGUUUGAUGACAGUGAAAUUCAAGUGGAAAGCACGGGGCAGCUUCACGAAGGAGAUUCCUACGUGAUCCGCUGGACAUAUAGCAUCACUGCGUUUGAUAACAGGAAUAGCCAUGAUGAGCGUGGGAAUGCUUCCAAACCAAAGGAGAACACAGCGUUCUUCCUGUGGCGAGGACGCCAUUCCUGUGUCAGCGGACAGGACACGGCAGCUUUUCUAUCCAUCGGGAUGAACAACCAUGAAGACUCACAACUGGUUGUUCCUCAGGGUAAGGAACCCCCCUGCUUCCUGCAGCUUUUCCAGGGAGGUCUGGUCAUUCACAAGGGAAAGCGAGAGGAACCCACCUCCACUGCAGACUGGCGUCUGUUUUGCGUGCGAGGGGAGCUCCCAGAGGAGGCUUUGCUGCUAGAGGGGGAUUGCUGCUGUUCCAGCCUGAGGUCGAGGGGCUCAGUCGUCCUGCUGAACAGCCAGCAGGGGGUGCUGUAUCUCUGGACCGGCUGUAAAGCCCACAGCAGCACCCGAGAAGUUAGUAAGAAGGCAGUGGAGCGUCUCACUGAAAUGAGUCCGUCAGAACUGGGCCUCUGCAAAAGCAACCCUGUGACAGUGCGUUUUGUAGAGGAGGGUUCAGAGCCCUCAGACUUCUGGACCGCUUUGGGCCAGAUGGACAGAAAGGCCUAUGACUGCAUGCUGCAAGAUCCUGGAAAGUACAACUUCACUCCCCGCCUUUUCCAUCUGAGUGCCUCUUCUAGCAGAUUUGAAGCAGAGGAGCUCCGGAGUCCGAUCCGGCUGCCAGGGGUCGUGAUGGCGAUGCCCUUUGUCCAGGAAAGCCUGUACUCUGUUCCUCAACCAGCCUUAUUCCUGCUUGACAACCGGUUAGAGGUCUACCUGUGGCAGAGAGGUCAGCCUGAGCAAACAGAGAGCUCUGCUGCAGCCUGGAGCCUCUGGCACAGCGAGAGAAAGUGUGCCAUGCAGACGACUCUUCAGUACUGCAAAGAGAUAAACCCGAGAAGGCCCCCACAGGCUUACUUCAUCUUUGAGGGAUCAGAGCCUCUCACCUUCACUAACAUCUUCCCCCGCUGGGAGAGGAACCAUGGACCUCUCACACAGAGGGACUCAGGGGAAGUGAAGCUGACCUUGGUGCAGGACGCCCUGGCCCAGCUCAUGAAGACCCAGUACCCUGUGGAAGAGCUGCUGCGGAGCCCCUUACCUGCAGGCGUGGACCCGCAGCACCUGGAGGUCUACCUGUCUGAUCAGGACUUCCAGGCUAUUUUGGAAAUGAAGCGGGAUGAAUAUGCCUCCCUUCCCGGCUGGAAGCAAACUGAUCUGAAGAAAAGCAAAGGGUUGUUUUAUUAGACAACCGGAUCGAGUGAAAGGCAAGCAGCGAUUCUGCACCUGGGACUUCUUCCUUUAAUAAGAACGGAAGGUGAAGCUGGGAUAGCGCCAUUUUUAUUGCACCAAAGACUGCUCCAAGCAUAAUAAACAGAGAAAGAAAAAUCA